GGUUUACAUUCAUUGUUCUGUGGUUCGGUUCACGGAGUUAAAAGUAUGUAUUUUUAACCUCUAUCCACUGGACCAAAUCUAGGUAAAUCCAGCUAAAAUACAUUCAUAGCUCAAAGAUCAGGAGGAUACAUGAGAUAGCUCUCCAAAACAGUUCUUCGAUAUUUGAAGCGAACCCACAAUGAUAACUGAAAUUGCGACUUUUGUCAACGACUGGCAACACCCGACCAUUGAGCGAAGAGCCACUUGAAAACACCAUGCCUUCAGCCAGUCCCCUCUAUAAUUUUUCCGGUAUAAAUAAUGAGAUAGAUUGUCCAUACAGAAUUCCGUCCAUCGAGGCUCAGAACGAUACUCGAUAUUCUUCCAAUAAUUACGAUUCUCUCCAAUCAUUAAGUGCCAUGGCUGACCAAAGCUUUAACGGAAUAUUUUCACCAAACUCGCCAAGUUAUUCUUCACAUAUCCCAGUGACGUCAUACAGCAGCAGCACACAGAGUGUCACGUCAUCUCCAUCGCCAUACUUCACCACAUCAGAAUAUAAUUGCAUGUAUAAUAAUAAUCUACCCAAUCAGCGACGAUCUUGUGAAGGGUCCUCCAAUGACAGUCCUUUCCAGACAGUUUUGUCCAAAAAGGGAUUCCAUGGCUCCAGAGAUGAUGUGUUUAACGAACAAGAUCAGUUGUUAAGUUGGACACGGAAACACCCAGAGAACUGGAGUUCGGAAGAGGUUCUAGAUUGGCUCAUUUAUACAGGCCAAGAAAAGGGCCUCAACAUGUCUGAAUUACGGGCAGAAGCAUUCCAGAACUUAUGUGGAAUAGAACUUUGUCGACUAAGUGUCGAAGAAUUCAUUAAUCUGGAACCCAAAUAUGGCAAAUCUCUGUAUGAAAUGCUGAAGCAUCUAUUAACUGGACUGUCGUUCCAAAAGCCAGUUGAUAUUACUGCAGAUUAUCAAGAAUUGUCACCUUACAAUAACGGUAAUAACAACCUCACAUCAUCUCCCGUUAGAAGCCAUUUUGGUAGUCCUGCUUAUCACACCAUGACAAACAGGAAACAGGAACACUCAAAUUAUAACGGUUAUAAUAGUAAUACCGAUGUUUACUGGAAAACUGAGCGACAAGAACCAAUGCCUUGUGACGUUAUUGAUAUUGGUCCCUAUGAUUUUGAUGUCAAUGAUCACCCGGCAGUACCUCAACCAACCGUAGACCCAUGCAGUCCAGAAUUUGACGCUUUUAUGUCCGGUUAUCCCAACACAGCACCGGUUAGGACUGCUUGCUGUUUCCCAGGCAGCACAUAUCCACAGGCAUUGCCUAGGAGACGACCCGGUCGCCCUAGGAACAAGAGUUUACCCGGAGACGAAGAGUCCAGGCCACAUAAAGACAAAAAGGCAAAGAAUCAACAUUUGUGGGAAUUCAUUUACGACUGCUUGAUUAAUCCUGCCUACAAUCCACAAUUUCUCCGAUGGGAAAACCAAAGAGAGGGUGUCUUUAGAUUCGUCCAAUCCGAAGCCGUAGCACAACUGUGGGGCGGUUUCAAAAACAAUGAGAAUAUGACGUAUGAAAAACUUAGCCGGGCAAUGAGACAUUAUUAUAAACGAGGCUUAUUAGAAAGAGUAGAGGGAAGAAGAUUAGUGUAUAAAUUUUCUCGCAAGGCCCUGGAUCGCGCGCGUGAAAAACGUCACAUAACCUUGUGAGAAACGUCACAGUUUUAAAAGAGCGUUUGUUUAUAUUUAACAGUGUCAAUGUGAUAGUGAUUGAAAACACCAAAUGAAGCUCAAAACAGGGACACUGACACCGAACUUUAAUAUUUUGGGCAGCUAUGUGUGGUGUGGUCGUGUGGUGUCGAAUGUUUUGUCAGGUGUUAAGUUUAGAUACUUGUUUCCACACGCGCACUUCAAUCGGAAUUAGAACUUUAUCGAACGAGUCCGACAAUAGUGCUAAAAUACCCCCGUGAUAUCUUACACACCCCCUGUGAUGUAAUUCGUAAAGCUCUUAUUGGAAAUAUCAGCAGCAAAUGAAUUGAGACUGUUCUGGUUAUGCAGAAAAUAGUUGUCUUGUCCAGAAAUGACGAAGAAUAUAAAAUAUGGUUAAUAAAAAGAAGAAAAUGGAAAUGGUCAAAAAUGUAAAAAAAAAACAAAAACAAAGCUAAAAUAAAGAUGACAAGAACAAGAGUGUAGAUGGUUUAAAUAAAACAAAAUGUCGAUGUUUAAACGAAGUACAGAAUGCGAAUGACUUGUGUGACAAGAUAACAAACUCGAAGCUGAGAAAUGUGGCUUUCUAACAUGACUGUUUACUGCUGGUUUACGAAAAUGCGAUUUUUCUUUGUUUUUUAAAUUGUUAUUCUGGAUUUGUUAUCCAGAGGCACGCUGCUGAGUCAAAAACAUCGUCGCUAGUCAUAUUUUGUAAAUAAAUGUGUGUGCGCUGUAUGUUUUGUAUAUAUAUUUAACUUAUUAAAAUUUAGCACUAGUAUACUAGAAAAAAGAAUCUAACAAUCGUUGAUAGGAUCCGAUGACUAA